CCGAUCACUCUCUUCCCCCUCCUCCCUUUCACGCUCCGUCUUCGCCAUUAACUCGGCUUUGGUCUCUUCGUCCGGGUCUUCUCUUCCUACUCCAUAUCAGCCAUCAUGUCUGCCUCUAAGGCGGAGUCCCAAAAGAUCUUUGAGAAACUGAAGCUCAAGCCCGCAAACAAGAUAUGUUUCGAUUGUGGCUCCAAGAACCCGACCUGGUCCUCGGUGCCCUUCGGUAUCUAUCUGUGUCUUGACUGCUCGGCUAACCACCGUAACCUGGGUGUUCAUAUCUCCUUUGUUCGCUCUACGAACCUUGACCAAUGGCAGUGGGAGCAGCUCCGGAUGAUGAAAGUCGGUGGAAACGAGUCUGCCACCAAGUAUUUCCAAUCGCAUGGAGGAUCUGCCGCUCUGGCCAGCAAGGACGCAAAGGUCAAGUAUACGUGCAAUGCCGCUGUUAAGUACAAGGAAGAGUUGAAGAGACGGGCUGCUCAGGAUGCGCAACAAUACCCCGAAGAGGUGGUGAUUACGGACAUCCCCAUCGGUACCUCGUCCAAUGGCUCCAGCACCCCGGCCGGUGAUGGCGACGAUGAUUUCUUCUCCUCCUGGGACAAGCCAUCCAUCAAGCGGCCAAGCAACCCCCCUUCCCGUACGGGUACGCCUCCCGUUGUCAGUCGCACCGCGUCGCCCUUCCUGAAUCCCGGUGCCAACGGCUCGCGUUCCAAGUCCCCACUCUCGGCUUCCGACAAAGACAGCGCUGCUGCCUCUCCUGCCCCAGCGGCCAUCCGGGCUAGUGCUACUGUUCGCAAGACUUCUUCGACCUCGACUGCCAAGAAGGGUAGUGUGUUGGGCGCCAAAAAGGCCCCCAAGCUUGGGGCCAAGAAGAUCGUUAGCGGCGCAGACAUGAUCGAUUUUGACGAGGCGGAGAGAAAGGCCAAGGAAGAGGCUGAGCGUAUCGAGAAGCUUGGUUAUGAUCCCGAAGCUGAACAGGCCGAGGCCGAGGCGAAAGCUAAGGCUACCACCGCCGCGGCGCCAAUUGCCUCGCCUACUCCUAUCAACCCUUCGCGGUCAUCUCAGGAACGCAGCUCAGGUGAUGUCGAGCGCCUGGGAAUGGGCAUUGGGAGACUUGGGUUCGGACAGACUGCUGGCGCACCGAAGCCUGCUGCUCCGAAGAAGCUAGGUUUUGGUGCCGUUGCUUCCAGAUCUGCUGCUGAUGACGAAGAGUUGAAGCAGGCAAAGUCUAGGUUCGGAUCUCACAAAGGUAUCUCGUCUGACGAGUUUUUCGGACGGGAUCGUUUCGAUCCCAGCGCGCAGAACGAGGCCAAAGAGCGUCUUCGUCAAUUCGAUGGCGCUACUGCUAUCUCUAGUAACUCCUACUUCGGCCGUCCCGAAGAUGAUCUUCCCGCCGAGAGCGACACCUACGGAGAUAUCGAGAACGCAGCAAAAGAUUUCGUACGUCGGUUCGGUAUUACCGCAGGUGAUGACCUUGAGAAUCUGACGCAGCUGGUUGGAGAUGGUGCCGUCAAGCUACAGGGUGCUAUUCGCAGCUAUCUGAACAGCUAAGCGUGCCCUCAUACUAAACGCAUCCAAUUCCCUGUUUCUUGCAUUCAUCUUGACCCUUUGUUAGCCAACUUUCUUCUUCGAUCUCCUUUCAAUGUGGCGUUUCAUCCUCAUGAUCUCUCUAUUCCCCUGAUUCGUACAUUCCUAGACAGACGGCUGCCCGGUCGACUCAUCCGGCCGUGCAGUGCCUUGAAGACUGCUAAACUCUCCAUCAGUUGAUGCGGUGUAGGCCGGCCCAGACCACCUCCACUUAUUGUUGCCUUUUUGUCUCCAUUAUUCAAAAUUACCGUCAGCAAUGUUCUUCGCAAAACUUCGAGCUUCCUUUGGAUUCUUGUAUAUUCGUUGCAUAUAAGUAGUCACCUCACAAGUAUUAGAAACUUUGCAAUGUGGA